GUUACUAUCUCUUUCUCUCUCCAUAAUCGGCAUCAUCACGGAGUCUUCCAAACACCGGGACCUUUCCACUGUAAAUUCAAUUCUCUCUCCUCCGCUGAUCUUGUAAUCUCAAAUCGAUCAUCUUCAUUCGCUUGGGUCUCUCUGAUUAAAAUCCUUAGCCUUCAUUCAAUUCACAGGUUUUUGAAUAAUUGAAUUGUCUCAGUCUUAAAGUUCAAUCAAUAAUGUUUACGCGAAUCUUCGGCAAGCCUAAGCAAGAAACUAAUGCACUAACAACGAUAGACAAGUUAAACGAGACACUCGAAAUGUUAGAGAAAAAAGAGAAAGUUCUCCAAAAGAAGGCUUCUGCAGAGGUUGAAAGGGCCAGGGAAUUUACCAAAGCAAAAAACAAAAAGGCUGCAAUUCAAUGUUUAAAGAAGAAAAGACUUUAUGAACAGCAAAUUGAAACUCUUGGAAAUUUUCAACUGCGCAUUCAUGACCAGAUGAUAAUGCUAGAAGGUGCAAAAGCUACAACAGAGACAGUUGAUGCUUUGAGAACUGGAGCAGCUGCAAUGAAGGCCAUGCAGAAGGCAACGUAUGUUUCGCUUCCUUGA